AUGGCGGGACAGUUCGACUACUUAUUCAAACUGGUCCUCAUAGGCGACAGCGGUGUCGGCAAAACUUGUAUAAUUUUCCGAUUUGUUGAAAACAAGUUUGAUUCCUCCUUCAUUACCACCAUUGGCAUAGAUUUCAAAAUCAGGACCGUGGAAAUCGGUAAGUUGUGUUAUUUAUUUUUAGAGAGAGGUCAAGGUUCUUCAAUCAAAAUACUCUCCUACUUCUAGAACAAAACUGGAUAGCUAUUGUAGCUCGUAAAGUUGUUGGGUGCCCUAUCUCCUUUUGAUGCGUCAGAAUAUUCUAAGAAUUUUCAGUCAUUUGGUGGAAAAGGGAAGAAAGCAAGGCGUAAAAAGUACGUGCAUCCAUACAAGUUGGGAUGUAGUGAUUGACGCACAAAACACGAGAGCAUCAAGAGCUAUAUUUUUGACUGAAGUUCGUUGAAGUCCCACUUUUGGCUACUUUUGCUUUGUUUUUUUUUUAUCAUUAUUUUGCCCAUUUUUUUUUCCUAAGAUGGCGCUUAUGCUAAUACCAACUUAUUAUAUUGCAAAACAACCCUGUUUAAUAUCACAUAUAUUUUUUGUCACGGCAAUUUCACCGAUCAUAGAAUAUUGCUUGUCUAGUUCUUCACGUGAUCGUGUGUUGUGUUAACUUUGUAUCAGUAUAUGAAAAUGGCGGGAGUUUCGCGGUACCUAGAGUAGCUCAGUUUGUUCAAGAUCUAAAAUAGAAAAUGUAAACUAUUCUGGCACACACCCUUUCGCUGGCUGUUGCCAUGUAAAAUGCCGAAAUUCAGUUUUGAAAUUAUGAUUUAAAAAAUUCCACAAAGUAUCAAUUCACGUCAUCGCCGUUGCUUGAUGCCGGGAUCGGAUAAAAGCCGAUAUCUAUUCCUUAUUGGCUUUACCGGCUUAAUGAACCUAGAGAGUUCGGUUUAAUGCUGCUAUGUCUGAAACAACUUUGAUGAAAAAGAAUGGACGUUUGACCGUCUAUUCCCAACGUUGGUCAGUUUAUCUAGCCUGAUCCGUUUCGCAGACGGAGUUAACCAGAGUCUAAGUUUAUCGGGCUCAGGCAUAAACUGAGCUGUAUGUUGAAGGGCAGAAUCUAUAACUAAGAUGCUCGGCUGCAGAAAUUGACCCGCGUUGAAGAAGUUUAUUGCGACAAGCAUUCAUUUACUGCAGUCAUUUUUGUUCAGUCUAGCACAGCAUUCUUUUGUUGUUGUUUUUUUUCUUUCUGGCUUCUCAGAUGGAAAGAAAAUCAAGCUACAAAUCUGGGACACAGCGGGGCAAGAUAGGUAUGAAUGGUUAACGGUCAUUUCGCCCCGGUUACUUAGCCCCCUACUAACAAGGAAUAUUAUAUAUGAAGCAUGCUUAAGAACGAGGAAUGUUACAUUUGAAGCGUUCUUGUUUUGCUUUCUGGCUUAUAGAAUGAGAAAUAUUACAUUUUGAAUCGCGCUAAAUAACUCGAAAAUGGGGGGCUAAGUAACCGGGGCGAAAUUAAUUAACCGGUUACCGUAUGAAUCAACCUCCUGGGUAGCGCAGUCGAUAUCUUUGGCCCGAAGCAUUACUGAACAAGGCAGUUAUUUCGAUGCCAGAGGUCGCCUUACCCUUCAUAAGGAUUGUUUCUAGCCUGCGUAGCAGGCGCUUGGAAGAAGUGGGCACCCACUCUCUUUCACCCACUACUUCCAAGCGCCUUCUACGCAGGCUAGAUUGUUUCUCAUCGAUGGCCUUUUUGCGGUUUGUUGCGAAGGAACGAUGCUUUAGCUCACAACUGCACGAGCAUCUGUUAUCUUGAAAAUUUUGGCAAUGCGUUAAUGGUAGGGUGUCUGAAAAUCGCAAAAGCCAGAAAAGCCAAAAACCGCAAACCGCAUCCGAUUUUAAUCUGUGUCUGAAAUCUGACGUCAGCAAGUGUUCUGGAAACAUUGUGCGUUUUCGUAAACAUACCCAUGAAUCAUUUACACUAUUAUCUGCAUUUUUGUCAAAACUAUAUCGGAGAGACACAUCUGGAACGCCCGACCCUAAACCGAGUGUCGUAACCGUUAUUUGUCGACCGAAUCGACCGACUGUCGACCGAUGAACUUGUGUCGACCGAAUCGACGGACUAGAACCGACCGGUCGACAUUUUAAAUUCGUUGUCGUCGUCUCAAGAACUUUGUCUUCGAAAUAUUGGAACGCGGUCAAAGUGUUUGCUGUAAAUAACUUGUUACGUAGGGAAAAAAUUUAGAACCAGGCUUUCGUCAGUGUUCCAGUAUAGUUCCAUGCUGCAUUCAUGUGACAAACGUUUGAGCUUGCUGUAUCUGCUAUUUGAACAGACUAGAGUUGUUUCAAGAAAUACAUGAGAUCUAUACCAAUUCAAUUUGGGGAUUUUCCUUCUCACGCUCAUUUCAAGAGGAAGGCGUUUUCUUCAUAAAAGUCAUAAAAGUUUCAAACUGACUAUGACCAAACCGUCAAUGAUUUGUACACCGGCGUAUAAAACUAGCUCCCAACUGCACGAGCAUCUGUACACAAAUAUCGGGUGCGCGAUUGAAAACUAAGGAAAAUUUGCUGGUAGCGCGUUACCUAACACAGAGUCCCAAACGUAAAACUGCACUAUCACAGGAAAAAAGUCAGUGAGGUUGUGCCUUGUUUUGUGCCCGCAAGAUUUUUCACGGGGAUCCGUACGUCACGUGCAAAGCGUAUGAACGAUACGUUCACACGGUUUUCCAGUGCUCGGCACUAAAUGUCAGUUAGCUUUGCUUGGAGUUGUCGUUUGUUUAAGUUCUAUGACACUAGCUAUGCGGGUUUCUAACAAAAAUUGCUUAGUUUGGAUACCAUCGCUUCAUUUUCCACAAUAAUCAGGUAACUUAUAUCUAUCUGCUUCAAAUUCGGUUGGGUUAGAUUUGAUAUCUCCCUGUCUCUGUCCUCAUUAGGUUAAAACUACGUCAAACGCAAAAGAAUUAUAUAAACAACAAAAGACUGGUUUUGUUGGCAAUACCGAGUUGACAUGAGGUUAACCUUUCGAGGCCUAUCACUUCGUCAGAUCAAGAGGCUUUGCGUGACCUUACAUAUCUACAUGUUGGUCGAUUUACGUACCUAUUUCAUCAGACAGAUUUAGAAAAAAAACAACGUGACGAGAGUCACGCAGUGACGAAACGAGAGUCACGCCGUGAAGGUGUGGGCCGGAUCUAAAACCGAGUUGACCAAUGAGGGAGAUUUGACUACCGGAGGGCACGUUCAGUUCUUUUCGCUCGCUUUUGAACUCUCAUCGAUCAUCUGACAUGCGCCGUACUGUCUUUGCUUAAUAUGCCUGUUGGUGGAAACCACUUUCAAUCUUGAAGCGUAGUAUUGCAAAAGCAAUGCAAUCAUGAAGUUAAAUAAAUAAAUAAACAAAUAAAUAAACAAAUAAGCAAUACUAAGUUGGUUCGAUAUUUGUUUUGUUAGGUUCGAGACCAUAACAUCCACUUGCUACCGUGGGGCGCAUGGCAUUAUGCUAGUGUAUGACGUCACCGAUGAAAAGUCAUUCCGAAACAUACCAAGGUGGAUACGAAAAACAGAGGAACUUGCCAGCCCUGACGUCACAAAAAUGCUGGUAGCGAACAAGUGCGACCUUGAAAAGCGAAGGCUUGUCACUAAAGAAAGAGGUGAAUUGUUAGCAAGAAAUCUCGAGCUUCCUUACAAAGAAAUAAGCGCGCUGUCAAAUUUAAAUGUGGAGGACGCUUUCUCAUUGAUAUUACAAAGAGUGUUCAAACAGGCGGUGUCCCCGGUCAGAUCCUGGGCUGAGCGAACUUUGGAACAGUCAGUGGUACAGGGAGACCUGUUUUGUAAGCCCACAUGCUGCAUGUAGUAUUACGUGAAUGUCACGCAAGCAAAGAUGUCACGUUGUUAUUCACCAUGUGGACUUGACUAUUUCGACCUUCCGCUGUUUCUCAAAGCUGUUCAAAAGAAGUG